AUGGGUGGGUGCAACCUCAUCAUACAGACGGACGGAAUCUCGAAGCCUGAAACCUACAUCCGGUUUCGCGAAUCUGUGAGACUGGAUCGUGCUCUGUAUGUGCUCAUGACGUCACAAGAGAACUUUGAAAUGGUGGAUGCACUGCAGGUUAAGAGGAUCGGGAAUAUGGAGUCGCCGAUCCCGGCGGAACCAGCAACUCAAGAGUUCGGAGCAGAUCGAGGUCGCAGCUCGGCAUCCCAGACUUCCGCGAAGUCGUCCGCGGAGGUCGGCGGGACGCAACAGAGACUGGACGAUCAGGUAGCGGCUGCUCUCGAGGUUCGCGAUCGUGUGUUCGGAUUCGACGAGAGGAACAAACAGUCAGGCCCCGCAAGGAAGAAGUGCACUCCCUCAGGCCGCGAAGUGCCCGAAAACUUGGCGAUGCUAUUCGACGGUCAGCCAAUAACACAGAAUUCCAGCAUCAGGUGCAAACGAGCAGUGUCCCAUCAAUUGAAGGAUACCUGUCACCCGGAGUUCCCAGCGAGAGCUACUAUCUACGUCUUCAGAACUUGUCUCGAAAUUCCCCUGGAGGACGAGCAUUCACAUCAUAGGACUUUCAAACCGGAGGAGGAGGAACUCUGUUUCGGGCUCCUCACCUUUUCUCCCGACUGUCCAUCAAACGUUCCUGGGUUCCCCGUCUUCAGUCGCAACGGUCGCGAGUCCGUUGCUAUCGAAACAUUACGCGGCGUGGUCGAGACGCAAGAGCUCUGGAGGAGGCUGACCAAGUUCCACAGCUAUAUUUUCAAGAAAGUCUGCCGCCUCUCGCAUCUCGAAUACGAUCCAGCUGUCGCACCUGUGAUCGUUCCCGUCCGCAAUGGGAGGGUCGAUGUCGCCUUGCUCCGGAGAUUGGAUCUCGCGCAGAAGAAGCCCUUCACUCUCGAAUCUGUGGUGAGCCGGGUGACCGCCGGUACCGAAAUGAGCUUCUUCGUCCGGGAAAUCUAUCGCAGCGGAGGGAAAACGAAACUCUGCCUGGAGAAGAUCCCGAGAAGCGCCGGCGGUUCUCGGAACGAGUUCACCGUUAAAACCAAAUUCAAAGAAUUCUCAAGCACAGAGGCCAGGCUUGCUUUCGCUCCGCGCCUGGAACAUUGCGAGGUUGAAUUCUUAUCAGCCCCUCAAUGGAGCAAAGCUUUGACGAUCCCCAUUUGCAUUCAUCGAUUGGAUCGACUACUGGUCGCCGAGAAUUUCAGACGAGCCCUCGUGCGGGCGGGAGUCGGCUACGAAGUCGAUCAUUGGCCGCCAUUGGUCGAGGACAGACCUCCGAAUCAGGAAGUAUCGAAGCCCGAGAUCAAAUUCACAGAACUCAAGUUCAUGAAGGAAAUGAAGAACUCGCCCGGGCCCUCGCCGACGGACAUCCUCACAGCCCUCACUGCAUCUUCCGCCCAAGAUAUCGUGGAUUCAGAGCGUUAUGAAGUUCUGGGGGACUCGUUCUUGAAAAUGGUCGUUUCUCUGCAUCUACUCACCAACAGAGACUUGAGAGAUGAGGGUACGCUGACUGCGGAACGAUGUCGUUUCGUCUCCAACAUGUUCCUACUGUCGAUAGCCGUACCCAGGGGAAUUCACGAGGCUGUCGAGAGCCGGAAGUUCUCUGUCAAAGAUUCAUUUCGACCUCCUGGGACGAUCCUGACCGCCGCCGUAAAUGAGAAGCUUCAUCAGCAGCGAUACAGGAGUAAGAUAUGCGCAGAUUCGGUCGAGGCUCUGAUCGGAGUUUACUUGAACAGAUCCGGGCCCAUAGGCGCUCUCGACUUUCUCAAAUAUUUGGGUCUCGAGUUAGGUGAUGGGCUCAGUAGGACUUUUUUCUCUCGCUUCGAUCUCUCGUAUGAUCCAGAUGAGGGCAAAGACCCGGACGUCACCCGGGCCGAUCUCGAUUUCCACUCCACUCAUUUGGAGCGAGUGCAGGAAAUUAUCGCUUAUAGGUUCGGAAACCCGCUCUAUCUCCUUGAGGCAAUCACCCAUCAAUCGUACCAGAACAAUAGAACAACUCAAACCUAUGCGAGGCUAGAGUUCCUGGGGGAUGCUAUCAUUGACUUCUUGGUAUCUUCUUUCAUUUUCACCAACAACCCACAUCUGAGUCCUGGACAAAUGACCAUGGUACGGUCGGCCCUCGUGAGCAACGAUCAGCUCGGCCAGAUCAUGAUGCGGACCAAGCUCGUGGAAUACUUGCUCCAUGACUCGCCUUCUCUCAACGAAUACAUGAUUGAGAAAGACGAGAGUCACGCGAAAGAGCUCUGUCCGGACUCGCCGAUGACGCAAGACGAUCUAGGAGCCGCCGGACUCCUUGUCAUUCCUAAAACGUUCGGAGAUCUUAUGGAAAGUAUUAUCGGUGCCAUUUUUAUAGAUUCUGGUCUCGAUUUCGCUGUUACGUGGGACGUUUUCCGGCGACUCAUCUCAGAUCCACUCCUAAUCGAUACUUUGAGGCAGCCUCCACAAAAUCUGAUCUCGACUCUCCAAGGAAAGUUUCCGGAGCGAUGCCGAUUCGAGAAGCCUGUCAUUCGAGGAGACAAUCUGGUAGAAGUGACUCUUCAUGUCGAUUGCCAGAGUUUCGGCGUUAUUUCGACGAAUCAAAAAAAGGCUAAACUCAUAUUGGCCAGUAUGGCUCUGAAAGCCUUCUGCGAGGAUGGUGGCAUCGCUGAGUGCAGUUCCAACGGGAGUCUCCCUAGAUUCUCCUCCUGA